AUGAAUCUCCGCUUUUCUAUCUCUUCAAGAAAUCAAAACUCCGUCAAAGAGGCAAAACCAGAGGCAAUUGUUCAUAUAGUGAAGAGAAGCUCAGAACAACACCGCGUUAAGGGCGAGAUCGCAAUCACACCUGUGGAAGGCGAUUAUAAAAGACCUGAGAGUGAUGCCCCGCCCUCACAACAACUCUUACGCCCCGCCCUUGAUGUUGUGAUCCUCGCUGCCUUGGUCGCCUUGACCACCGCUGCUCCCCAGUACAACUACAGUGGCUCUGAUGAAGACUCCAGCGAGAGUAAGGAAGUGGUGCCCAUACUGAGAGACGACCGAGUCCUUGGCAACGAUGGUAGUUACAACUUCGACGUGGAGACUGGCAACGGCAUCGUCCUGUCACGAUCUGGUUCUCCCGACGGUCCUGAUGAUUCAGUGGUCAUAUCUGGACAAUACUCCUACACUGCUCCUGACGGCACUCCCGUCGUUGUGAAGUUCGUCGCCGACGAGAACGGCUACCAGCCCCAGUCUGACCUGCUGCCAGUGGCUCCCGAGUUACCCCACCCAGUCCCUCAGUUCGUGCUGGACCAGAUCGCCUUCGCUGCUGCAGAGGACGCUGCUCGCUCCCAGGAAUCAGAUGAGGUCCCCCACCACACCUACGGUAUCGCCGAGUAG